AUGAUAGUUUAUAAUUUUCCUUCGUGAAGCACGUUAAAUUUAAUUUCGUCAUAAAAAUUCAAAAAAUGUUUAUUAAAGGAAUAUUUUUUUUUUUUUUGGAAAUUGUGUGUGGAUAUAAUAUAGACGUAGAUUUUCCUAUUAUUUUCCGUCAUGAUGAUAUGUUUAAUAAUAGUUAUUUUGGUUACACGGUACAUUUGUAUUACGAACCGGAUAUUGAUACAUCCUGGUUGAUAGUUGGAGCACCAAAAGGAAAUUAUUCUUGGUCUUCAACAAAAAGAUUAUCUUAUUUGAUCGAGCCUGGUAUUGUAUAUCGUUGUGAAAUCGAAAAUUCACAUUUAUAUCGUAGAAUUGAAAAUCAUAAAUGUCAAGAAAUUAAACCAGAAAAAAUUGAAAAUGAAAAAGGAUACAUAACGCAACUCGGAAUGAUGAUGUGGAUACAGAAACAAUAUGGGUGGUUCGGAAGUGCAAUUGCAAUAGAUAGAAUAAAUGGAAUUUUAACAGCAUGUGCACCACGAACAAUUGUGGCACUUUUAUAUAAAUCUUUAGAUAUUAAUUUGGAAACUAUGCAAGGGAUGUGUUACAGUGGAAAAAUUUCUUCGAAUACUCUGAUAAUCGAAGAGAAAGAUCUUAAGUUUUAUGAUUUUAUGUCAACAUUUUGGUACAAUCCGAUACAUGGUUUUUCCGUUCAUUAUGGAUCGACAAAGCAAAAUGAAAAAAGAAAAAAGAAGAAAAUAAAUCGCAUCAUAGGAGAGCCAAAACAUGAAGAUUAUGGAACUGUGGAUAUACAAUAUUCAAAUAAAAGAAUGACCGUGGAAUUACCAUUAAAUGACGAUUUAUCUCAAUUUGGAUAUAGCGUUGAAUCUGGUUAUUUCUUUAAAAGGGAUCAAUUAUUAUUCGCAAGUGGAGCACCAGGUUGGAAGUAUAAAGGCUUGGUCGGAAUAAUUAAUCCAGCAUCGAAUAUAUCAAUCAUCACGAAAUUAUAUGGUACUCAUAUUGGCGAAUAUUUUGGAGCCAGUUUGGCUGUAGGAGAUUUAAAUAGAGAUGGUUUGGAUGAUCUUCUUAUUGGAGCACCCUAUUGGGGAGAAGAUACUGGUAGAGUAUAUAUAUAUUUUGGUACAUCCAAGGAACAGUUUGAAAUAGCUGUGAUUUUACAUGGAGUUACAGAAGGAGGACAUUUUGGAUACGCCAUAGCUAGUGGUGAUUUAGAUGCUGAUGGAUUUGAUGAUGUUAUUGUGGGAACACCUUGGGAAGAUGAUGGAGUUAUUUAUGUAUUUAAUGGGACUCCAGAUUUAAAGAAUAUGAAUUUACAAAAAUCGCAACGAAUCGAAGCUGUAAAAUUAUUUAAAUAUAAUUCUUCACAAAGAAUACUUCGAUUUGGAUUUUCAAUAUCAAAACCGAUUGAUAUUGAUAGAAACGGAUAUUUGGAUAUCGCAAUUGGAGCAUACAAAUCAGAGCAUGCUAUUAUAUUACGUAGCAAACCAAUAUGGAAAACAGAACUUUUCAUUGAGACUAUACCUAAUAUUUUGCAAAGAGAUGCUAAACAAUUUUUAGUCAGAAUAUGUCCACGAUAUAAUAUGUAUGGCAUGUUACACGAUAUUGUCUCAGAUACUAUAAAAUUUAGGAUUACAGCCAUUAUAGACGAACGUUAUCAGCGAACUAAAGAAACAAUUUUAGAAAUGAAAUCUUCUAAUUUAAGUAUUUGUCUAUCUAGUGAAGUUAAUAUUUUGAAAGAUAUACGAGAUUUUAUCGAGCCUAUUAGUAUAAUUGCAAAACAUGAUUUUUUACACGAUAACGUAUCAAAUGAAUUUUGUAAAUUUUGUCCUGUUGAAAAACACAAUAAGAUACAAAAUGUAAAAGUUUUACUUCCUUUUAAUAUUGGUUGUGGGGAAGACAAAAUCUGUAAUUCUAAUAUAUCUGUUACUGCAAAAUUUUAUAAUGUAAGAUAUAACAAUAUGUGGAUAAUUGGUUCAAACGACAUAAGUUUAAAAAUUAAUUUAAAAAAUUAUGGAGAACCUGCAUAUCUUACCACACUCGAAUUUAAAUUCCCAGAGAGAGUAAUAUUACGUAGUAUUUUACCCUCUUGUCAAGAAGACAUUUCUAAAGAAAAUUUAAUAGUAAUUUGUGAUAUAGGAAAUCCUAUUUGGAAAGAAGAAGAGAAAAAUGUCAAAUUAGAUUUGGAUAUGAGAUAUUUGAUUAAUGGAUCAUUAUAUGACCAUAAAUUAUAUUUUUAUAUAACAAUAAAGACUCAUAGUAUAAAUCAUGGAAUGACGAGUAUAAUUAAAACUCUUAAUUUAGUAAACGAAGUUUCUCUAUCUUUACAUGGAAAAGCAAAUGAAGAAGCCUAUUAUCUAACUUUAAACGAAAUUGCUCAAAAUAUUACUUUUCAACAUACUUAUCAAGUAUAUAAACUUGGGGCAUCACCAAUAGAAGUUGCGCAAUUGAUUGUUAAAAUACCAUUAGCUUUUAAAGACUUACAUUUGAUAUACAUAUAUAAAUCUCAAUUAUACAUAUCAGGAGAACUUUUUGAAUGUUCAUCAGAGACUAAUUUAUUAGACAUUCAAGAAGAAUCAUCUUUAGAUCAAUUUGACAUAUCUCUGUUUUCCAAUAAAAUACGACAAAAUAAUAAUCAUAUAAUAAAUGAAAAAGAUCCAUUUAACUCAAUAGAAGAAUCAGCUUUAUAUUUGAAUAAUAUGAAUAUUAAUGCUCCAAAAAUAUUAAAUGAAAAUUGGACAAAUGAUAUUAUUUACAUGAAUUGUUCAACUCCUUAUAUAAAUUGUAUAACUAUUGUAUGUGAUUUAAAUAAAUUGAAAACAUUACAAGAUAUUGGAAAGAUGACAAUUAAACUUUUUUUAAAUGUUGAUAAACUUAAAGAUAUCUUUAGAAACAAUAGAGCUAUUUUAAAAUAUGUUACUGAGGUGAGCGCAGAAAUAAUAAAACCUGAUAAAAUGUUAUAUAUCAAUGAAACUCGAUCUACAAUGGAAAUUGUGACAUUAUUUUACAAUAUCCCAAAAAUGGAAAAGUUACAGCCAUGGAUUGUUCUUAUCUCUAUUUUAAUAGGAAUAUUAUUAUUAUUUAUUUUUGCUGCGAUUUUAGGAACGUUGGGUUUCUUUAAACGAAAAAAAAAACAAACUUUAACAAAUCAGGAAUGUAAUGAAGUGAUAGAAAAUGAAACUGCGAUUACAAUUAACCCUGAAAACACGUGAUAUAACGAG